CAGUAGUGUACCUUGUGGUUUCGCUUGAUCAUUCAAAUAAAUUACGCACAAUUUUACUUCUGGUGGAUCAACUGUGUUGUUUAUUCACUAGAAACGAAUACUGGAAACGAACACUGGAAACGCACCGGGUCUGUGACUGGAUGCCUUGAAACCACCAGAGGCAAGAACGGUCAACAUCCAUGAUGAGGUGCAAUGCCGUAAUGGAUUUCUAAGACAGACCGCUGUGCUUUCCAAGGCGAGAUGGAUUAGAGAGGGAUCAAUUUAGCAGCAAAAUAGAACCGCGGCACAUCACUUCCCCUCUCUCCUCAUCCUGCGUCUUGUCACCUAUUCUUGGAUUGUGGAUAACCAAAAACCUUCAAGACGGACGGGGGGCUGGAGCAUCGAGGCAAACAGAGGGGCAAUAUGAGGGAGCGGGACUUCAUGCCCAACAUGGAAAGAGGUAAACCCGCUACGUACACGGGGGACAAAAAGGCGAAAAUGGCAGCGAAAACCAACAAAAAAUGGGUAAGGCUGGCCACUGUUUUUGCCUAUGUGCUAUCUGUGUCUUUAGCAGCUAUAAUUCUGGCCAUUUACUACAGCCUGAUAUGGAAGCCGACGACCGCUUCCUCUGCUGGCAGUAAGCUGCCCGAAACCACCACUACUGCUAACAUCUCUACAAAUGUCACCACCACCACAAACGGUCCAGACAUUAACUCUACACACCUGGAUAUAGCGCUCAACGACACGGGGUCGAAUGGACUGAAUGCGACUUCAGUACAGGCUUUUCAGUCAGAAGUUAGAAGCCGAAUUGUAUCAGAGGGCAAGGAUGCGCAUUCUCAACCGAGAGGACUGUACACGGCGCCUCGCGGCUACACGCCCUCGCAAGCCACAGGAAAUCAAGGAGUGUUUGGGCAAGCAUCUGCUACCCGUUCGGACGAUGGAGAGCAUAUCUAUGAUACGUCGGUGCCAGUUGCCAACGAUCAAAGCCAAUCAAAAGAUGUGCAUCGCACGGCCACAGCUGCGGGGAAAGAGCGCCAGUCUGCACAGGCAGCGGAGGAUGGUACCCGACUAUCUUCACUUGCUGCCCCGGCGGCCCCCGCAUCCUCCGCUACCUACAAGAGGGGACAGCGCACUGAUAAAAACUGACCAGGCCCUGAAACUCGCUCCUCGGUUGAAGUAGUGUUGGAAGAAGUACAGACGCCGCGGGUCGGACAUGUAAUAAUCUCCAUGGAACUGUGGAACGCGGAGGAUGCUAUCUUUGGAGGAUGCGCACACUUAAUGCACGUACACAAACUUCUUGAUAACACUCUAUAAGGCCCUCACGUCAUACAUCAAAUAUAUGUAUUACAACAGGAAUACACAGCUGACAUUGAUGCCACGAUUUUUUGUUUUCUGUUUUGCCGUUUAAUUCUCACUGGCCUACGAUUCUGUUGCCUUAUUGCACGUCCUUGUAAUGACUUGAUAGCAAGGCCGAUAAUGCUGUAGGCUAUGGAAUUUUAGGAACUCGAUGCAUAUGGACUUCUCUAUGAUGAUCUAAUGGUCACCGAAGGCAAUUGUUACUAAAAGGACGGUUGCAUUUUAAAACAAGAGACAUGCAAAUAGGCUAUCACAUAAACUAAUAGUAUAUUUAAGGAAAAAAAUAUUUUCAGCGGUGUAACAAACGCUUUUCACAUUGCAUUUGGUUUAACAUAUCUUCGU